CUCUGCUUAGAAGUAUUAUUUUAUUCUGUAGGUAAUUUGGAUGACACAAUGGAGGAAAAUAAUAAGAAACGUAAAAGCCCAAAACCGUCUUCCAACCAGCCUCCUCCCCCAAUCACUGCCCGGAAAACGACAACAUCCGGCAGCAGAUCAGAGCAGAAAGGUGGUGUGGUCACACACUCCAGUCAGAGGACAAAGUAUCGCAGGGGAGUGCGAGACAAACCAAGGCCUCAGAGUCAGUCGAGUAAGAGUAACCAGUCUGCCCGCAUCCAGCACUCGUUUCUCACAGAUGUGUCUGAUGUUCAGGAGAUGGAGAAGGGGCUGCUCAGCCUUCUUAAUGACUUCCACUCUGGAAAAUUACAAGCCUUUGGCAAUGAGUGCUCCAUCGAUCAGAUGGAGCAUGUGAGAGAAAUGCAGGAAACACUGGCUCGUCUGCAAUUCGACCUGUAUGGAGAAGUGGAUGAGUUGCCAGAAGACCAGAGGAAGUCCGCCUAUGACACUAACAUGGAUAAACUGUUAUUAAAUCUGGAAGAGUUAAGCUCCUCAAUGUAUCCUUUCAUGGUUUUAACAGUUAUGUCGAAGACUUUCAAAUGGAUGCUGUUAUAGUGGUUCGUUAAAGAAAUAGUUCACCCAAAAAUGAAAAUUUGCUAAAAA